UGACCCGAAUCUUCCACCCUUGAAGAUGACUGAAGAGACAGAACCAUUAUUGGCAAGCCGCCAACCAGACGCUCGCACCAGUUGGAGGAUUUACAGUGUGAUGAUACUGUUUGGUCUGGCAUCUCUCCUUCCCUGGAACCUCAUGAUCACCGCUAACGGUUUUCACGUGGCUAAGUUUUCUGAAACCAACUCCGAAACCAUCAUAAACAACUUCCCAAGCUACAUUGAGAUCGUAGGAAUAGGUUCCAACUUCAUUGCAGCCCUGCUGGGUGUAGUCGUCCUCAAGAUACACAACCUGGUGACAGUGGUGACUCUCUGUAACACCUCAGCCCUGCUCGUCUUCCUGGUCAUCACGGUCACAGCUUACCUCAACACCGCUAACUGGGCCUUCUCCUUCUUCAUCAUGACCAUGAUGCUGUUCGGUGUUGUCAUGUUCACCUCUGCUAUCUUCAUGUCUGGGAUGAUGGGUCUGUCAUCUAUCCUCACUACCAAUGCAGUCCAGGGAUUUUAUCUAGGUCAGGGGUUAGCGGGUCUCUUUUCUGCCCUCCUCUGUAUUGUUACUCUUGCUUUUCCUAACUCUGAUCCGGUAUCUGCUGGCUUUUAUUACUUCUUGAUAGCUUCCUUUACACUGCUCAUCUCCCUUGUAGUAUUUGUUGUCUUCGGCAGGACUGAGUUUGUUCAGAUCGCUACAUCAAAAAAGAGUUCAAAUAAUGCUGAAAUUAUCGGAGCAGAAAGAAAAGAACUGCUUUCACCAAGAGAUGCUCAAGUGCCUGAUGAAGCAACAACCCAGAAGAAUACAGCGAUGUCAGUGUUUAAAGUGAUUUGGAGGUUUUGUCUGACAACAGUGCUCACUUCAACCAUCACAUCAGUUUGUUUCCCAGCAGCCUUGUCCAUGUUGAGGUCCUCUGCUAGGCCCAUUGAUCAUGGCGCGGAGGAGAGCUGGACUGGUUACUUCCUGCCUGUCACAGUAUUCCUUGUGUUCAGUGUUGGAGAUGUGCUAGGUAGGAUCACCUCCAGCUGCUACUCUCUCCCUACCCCCACCUAUCUCCUACCUGUAUCCUACAUUAGACUCCUACUCGUACCUUGUAUCUACAUGACUAACCUUCACCCUAGGAACGUGUCAGUGUGGUUUCAUAAUGACGCCUGGGCAGCUCUCUUCAAUUUCCUCCUCUCCUGGACCAACGGACACUUCAUUUCUCUGGCGGCGCUGUACGGCCCGCAGAUGAUGCAGACUAAAAGGGGCAAAUCCUUUGCUGGGACUUUGUUAUCUUUUAGUUAUGCGCUGGGACUUCUGUCUGGAGCUGUGCUGGUGUUCCCUCUUAUGAAGAUUAUUUAUAGGCCUCUCCCUCAAGACAGCCAAUAGAGAGAGCUCCUAAAAUGUAUUUUGAGAGUUAUUACUAAGAGAUUGAGUCGUUAUUUUUGACAUUUUACCUCCGCUGGAGAAUAAAAUAGAUAUUCUACCAGAUUUUCGUCACGGUUUGCAUGGGAAGGCGAAUUAUAGUUACUAAUCCGAGAAUUGUUGGGUUAUAAACUUAAAUAAAAAGUUUAUAACCCAACAAUUGUCCAUUUUGAUCAAUCAUCCAUUAACUUCUAAAAGGAUUAAGAUUCCGCCCCAUUAUUUAUAUUACCAGAUUUAACAUUAAACUGUGAUUUGCAAUGUUUACUGUUUAUACGGCCAGGCCUUUUUAAAUGUCAUUUAUAAUUAAAUGCUAUUAUUCGGAACAACAAACCAUAAUUUAGAAUUGUUAAUUUAUUUGGUUAUUUUCUUUUGACUAACUAAUAAAAAUAUGCACAUUUGUCUUAUUUUGUUGUAGUUUUAGUAAUAGAUAAGACACUAAGCUCACUCACUACUCGGUACUUUUUACUAAAUGAUGCUUUUUGUAAUGUUUUUGAAAUGUUUUGUAUGCU